AUGUCACUCGCCGCCGGCCACGUCGGCGGAAAUGGCCGCAAUGGCGACCACGACGACUCGCAGGACAUCGAGCAGAGCUCGGAGGUCUCCACCGUUGACGGUUUGAGGGAAAGCCCCCACGGGAGGCCUAUCAGGCAGCGGCUGCUGGUGGUCGCGAACAGGCUUCCGGUUUCUGCUUUGAGGCGCGAAGCUGACUCGUGGUCUGUGGAGAUAAGCGCAGGCGGUCUCGAGUUUGAGAUACACUGGAUCGGUUGGCCUGGCGUGAAGGUGGCAGAUGAGGCUGGCCAGAUGGAAUUAACUAAAGCUCUGGCGGAGAAGAAUUGCGUUCCUGUUUUCUUGAAGGAAGAGAGUGCUUAUAAGAGUGUCAAUCGGAUGUUUGUCGAUGUUGUCUGGAAACACUAUGAAGAUGGUGAUAUCGUCUGGUGUCAAGACUACCAUCUGAUUUUUGUUCCAAAAUUUUUAAAGGAGUAUGACACAACUGUUAAAGUUGGAUGGUUCUUGCACACCCCUUUCCCGUCUUCAGAAGUCCAUCCGACCCGACCAUCUCGAACAGAAGUGCUGCAUGCGAUUCUAGCCGCCGAUUUGGUUGGGUUUCAAACGGACGAUUAUGCAACACAUUUCGUGCAUGCUUGUACCCGUAUUCUUGGAGUCGAAGUUGUUCCUGAAGGAGUAGAGGAUCAAGGGAGAACAAUUCAUGUGGCAGUGUUCCCUUUAGGAAUUGAUGCUGAAAAGUUCAUACAUAGUCUUGAAGUUCCUCGAGUGCAGGAAAUGAUGGAUAAAUUUAAAGCAGUAUUUGCUGGAAGAAAGGUAAUGAUGGGAGUAGAUCGCCUUGAUACGAGCGGAAGAAUACCCCAAAAGAUACUAGGAUUUGAAAAAUUUUUAGAGGAAAAUCCUGGCUGGCAAGAUAAGGUGGUUUUACUGCAAGUUGCUUUACCAACCACAACAGCUGACUAUCAAAAGCUAAAAAGCCAGGUCAAUGAAAUUGUUGUACGGGUCAAUUGCAGAUUUGGAACUCGGAAAUCAAUUUUUUACCGGAUGUGGCACUUGUCACGUCCUUGCGCGACGGGAUGA